AUGCCUACUAACAAGCUUGCUCGUUCUAGCAAAGACAGAGCUGAAUUGGUCGCACGAUUGAACAGGUUGAACAGCGCUGAGAUUCAGCUUUUUUCCAAUCAGGCCCUGGCUGAGAUUGGGCGUCGAAUGGAGGCUCUCUUGAACCAAGCCGUGCAAGACUAUCAGUAUAAAAGACUGAGGAUUGGCGAGAUUCGGCUUUUGACCCUGAUGCCGGACGAAGAGAACCACUGGCUACGCUGCCGACUCACUCAUGUUCACCUUCAUGUGGAGGAAAAUCGACUACCCAGCUUUAAGGCCUUAUCAUACUGCUGGGGUCCGGAAGAUCCCAAGUAUCCAAUCGAGAUAUUCCAUGAGUCUAAAUGCGAAAAAAGGUUGCAUGGUCGCAAGCUGUCAAUCAGUGAGAAUCUCAAUCGUGCUCUCAAGCAGCUUCGGUCUGAGAUUGAAGAGGUUGUGAUCUGGGCAGACCAGAUCUGCAUCAACCAGAACGAUGAUGACGAAAAGACGAGCCAGGUCAUGCUGAUGCGAGACAUUUAUCAGAAGGCUUCGAGCACGGUGAUCUGGUUGGGUCCGGCCGCUGAUAACAGUGCUGAGGCACUUAAUCUGAUCCCAAAGCUGUUGCAAGCACGCGAGAGAGAUGAGCAAGAAGGCAUCCAGACAAACCUUCUUGCCACGGGCGGGGAAAGGAGGGGAUUGCCAGCUCCGCAUUCCCAAGUCUGGUAUGAUCUCUUCGCGGUCCUCAAGAGGGACUGGUUCUACCGUGCUUGGAUCGUGCAGGAAGUAUCCGUUUCUCCUCAUGCGACCGUUCUGUGUGGUGACAUGGAAUUGUCUUGGUCUGAUAUUGUUAAGGCAAUUCAGUACCUCGCUGAUGCCGUACUCGGACUUACUCUCGGGUUGCAAGCAUUUAACCAGCUACACAACUUGGACUAUCUGAGACGGUGCUACCUACAGGGCCAGACGAUCGACCCGCUCCAGCUGCUGGUGCAGACCCGAAGAGCACGAGCGAAACAAGCCGAAGACCAUAUUUUCGCCUUCCACGGCUUCUAUCGCAAUGCAGAGAGCUUUGAAUUCAACCUCACAUUGCCGAAAUAUCCAGUGGAUUACGACGUGGUCUAUGUCCAGACGGCGAACAAAAUGUUGAGGCACUAUCAAACCUUGGACAUCCUCAGCGUACACCAUAUUGGUAUGUACAUCCCACCACCAGACUCCCGGCCGCUACCUUCUUGGGUUCCAGACUGGAGUGAAGGCGACACGUGUGAAGCCUUCAUCUGGCGGAACAUCCAUCCUGAAUUUACGCAGGAGCAGCGGGCGCGCUAUCGAGCAUCCGGAAGUUCUCGUUACCAUGAAUUCAGGAGGGAUGACGAUCGCAUUCUUAAGGUCGAAGGCUGGAAGGUGGAUGAAGUGCUGUGUACCGGUCUGGUAAUGAAUCCUCGAUAUGAUCACGGGGUCAUCGACGACAUCACCGCACAAAUGUCAGACAUCCUAAAUACCCAAGAGACUUGCAUGUCAUGGGACGUUGUGGCCAGAUGGCACAUCUCCCAAGCGUACGUGACUGGUGAACCUCCUUGGGCUGCGUACAAAGCGACACUCCUUGGUGGCUGUUUUUUCGAGGAUGAAGACGAUAACCUGACAGUCAUGUUCUGGUUGUGGAGGAUAUCAUUGGUCCCAUUCAAAAUACUUCAUUUUCUCCGGCUCAACAGAGUCUGGGUCUUGAAGACCAUUUUUUACUGCGUGGCUGCCAGUACUUGGUUCAUGCAACCAGUCUUUUGGUUCAUUCCGUUUCCUGGACAGCUCAUAGACAGCCUGCUUCCUGCGCUGCAAGUCUUUCCUAAGCUAGCAAGUCUCAUAGUGCGUAGGCGAGUGAUUCGCACAGAUCAGGGACUGAUCGGUCUUGCACCUGCACAAACUCUUCCAGGUGAUAUUAUUGCUCUCUGUCGAGGUGGAAAACUACCCUUAAUACUUCGUCCUUCGGGGGAAGGGUGGCAACUGGUUGGGGACGCUUAUAUCCAUGGCCUUGUGGAUGGCUUACUGUGGGAGAUGCUGGAGGAAUUAAGUGAGCGAGAGGGUCCACUGUGGGAUCUAUAUUCCAACCAUGUUGUGAAACAAGAUUUUAAGAUUAUGUAG